GACAAAAGUCAGAGAAGAAGUCAGCAUGCUGUGUAAUAUCAACUUCAGAUGUGGGAAACAACAGAGGACGAGUAACGUCUCAAAAUACAAGGACAUCAUCUCCAGAAGUGAUCUGAUCAGUUCAGGACCUCCUGCUGUCUACCAGCUGAGAGCAAAGAAACAGAAGUUUGGAACAAGAAUGACUGUUGGAGAAAAAAGACAAGACAAGACAGACAGAACCAUCUUACUUGUGGGAGAAACAGGAGCAGGAAAAUCUACUCUGAUCAACGCUCUGGUCAACUACACCAUGGGAGUGAAGUGGGAGGAUAGAGUCUGGUUUACGAUUGUAGAGGAGGAGAAGAAAAGUCAGACAUCAGAUGUGAUGGUGUACGAGAUCUUUGGGUUUGAAGAUGAAACUCUGCCCUACUCUCUGACCAUCAUCGAUACUCCUGGAUAUGGAGACAUCGAACACGGUGGCAUCUUCAGUCACAGAUUAUUGAACUUGCUGGAUGGAGUCCAUGAAAUUCAUGCAGUGGGUCUGGUGAUGAAGGCAACAGAGAAUCGACUGAGUGAUCGACUGAUGUAUGUCUUUGAUUCAGUGAUGUCUCUGUUUGGAAAAGAUGUGGAGCAAAACAUCAUAGCUCUGAUCACACACUCAGAUGGAAGAAAACCUAAAAAUGCUUUUAAAGCUCUUGAAGAUGCAAAAAUUAAAUGUGCCAAAAAUAAGAAGAAUCAGUCUGUUUACUUCUUGUUUAAUAACUGCCAGCUUGAAGACGAGGCAGAAAAAUACCUGAAACUAAACUUUGAAAGCUCAGAGAGAGGAGUGAGAGGGUUCACAGCUUUCCUGAAAGAAAGUACACCUCUGCAGCCAGAAGUGACCCCUGAAGUGUUAAAGGAAAGAAUCAGACUGACAGCCUGCAUCCAAAACCUGCAAGAAAGAAUCAGAUUCACUGAAGUGAAACAGAGAGAGAUGAAACAGACUCGGGAAGCUCUGCAGAAGAAUGAAGUGGUCACUCCAUGUGUUGUUUUUAAACAUAAAGAACCUAUCAGAUCAGAGAUGUGUGGGCCGGGUUUGAAAGCAGCUGUCAGCUGCACAGUCUGUGAGGAGAACUGUCACUAUCCUGGACGCAUCCUGGUGCCCUUAAAUCACUGUGAGGUCUUUAGAGAUGGUCUCUGCACGUCAUGUACCAACAAGUGUCCUGCAUCAGUGCAUGUGAAAGAAAAGUGGAGAUAUGUGACCAGGAUAAGGAGCGGUCAGAAGAACAAAACACGAACAAAAAAGAAGGACGUUGAUUUUCUUGAAAAGGAAAUGAAACUGCUGACAGCAGAGAAGUCCCAGUUCCUGGAUGAGUCCUACCAGCAUGUAGUCAGACUGGAGCAGAUCGCUCUGAAAGCUGAUUCAGCGUCCACUAUUGUCCACUUGGACUUCCUGAUUGAGAAGAUGAAGGAGAGAGGAGACACAGAGAAGGUCCAGAAACUGGAGGAGAUGAGAAGGAGAGAGGAUGAAGGAAUUAGAGGAGCUCUAAGGAUCAGUUUGAUCUCAUCACCACAUGAAGACAUCGUCUCAGACAGUUUUCUCAUCAGGUCAGGACCUCCUGCUGUCUACCAGCUGAGAGCAAAGAAACAGAAGACUGGAACUCUGACAAGAAUGACUGUUGGAGAAAAACGUCCAAACAAGCCGAACAGAACCAUCUUACUGGUGGGAGAAACAGGAGCAGGAAAAUCUACUCUGAUCAACGCUCUGCUCAACUACACCAUGGGAGUGAAGUGGGAGGAUGAAGUCUGGUUUAUGAUCGCAGAGGAGGAGAGAAGAAGUCAGACAUCAGAUGUGAUGGUGUACGAGAUCUUUGGUUUUGAAGAUGAAACUCUGCCCUACUCUCUGACCAUCAUCAACACUCCUGGAUAUGGAGACACCAGAGGGAUCGAACAUGAUGACAUCAUCAGUCACAGAUUAUUGGACCUGUUUCAAUCAGAGGAUGGGGUCCAUGAAGUUCAUGCAGUGGGUCUGGUGAUGAAGGCGAGUGUGAAUCGACUGAGUGAGCCAUUGAGGUACGUCUUUGAUUCAGUGAUGUCUCUGUUUGGAAAAGAUGUAGAGAAAAACAUUGUAGCUCUGAUCACACACUCAGAUGGAACAACACCUAAAAAUGCGCUCAAAGCUCUUGAAGCUGCAAAAAUUAAAUGGGCUAAAAAUGAGAGCAAUGAACCUGUUUACUUCCUGUUUAAUAACUGCCAGCAUGAAGAGCGAAUGGAGGAAAACACAAUUUUUAGAAAUUCAUGGGAACUUACACAGACAAACAUGGAUCAUUUGACAGACUUGUUGGGAAAAUCGAAUCCUCAGAAACUGGUGAAAACAGCCGAAGUGUUAAAUGAACGAAUAAGACUGAAAGCCUGCAUCCAAAACCUGGAAGACAGAUUCGAGCUGGCUGAACUGAAACAGACAGAAAUCAGAGAGAUCCGAGAAGCUCUGAAGCAGACGAAUCACAGAAAUAAAAUAGAAAUUGAGAAAAUAUUGAGUCUUUUGGAAAAUCUUGAAAAGGAAAUGAAAGUGCUGACAGCAGAAAAGGAAAAGUGGCUAAGUGACUCCUACCAGCAUGCUGUCAGACUGCAGGAAAUCGCUCUGAAAGCUAAUUCAGCAUCCACUGUUGCCCACUUGGACUUCCUGAUUGAGAAGAUGAAGGAGGAAGGAGACACGGAGAAGGUCCAGAAACUGGAGGAGAUGAGGAGAGAGGAUGGAGGAACCAAAGAAUCACAGAG